AUGCGAAACCGGAUGAGUAUAAGAAUGAAUUACAAGGGGCAUAGACGAGAAGGUGUAAGUGAAGGAGUUGCCCGAUCCCGAAGAAAUUCACAUACUCUCUUUAUCCUCAGAGUUCUUAAUGGCUUUAGUAAGGAAAGUCUUAAAACCAGCCUGCCGUUUGGUCUUGUUCUUCCCUCUAUGCCAAGAGAAAUCGAAAGGAGGAAUCUUGAGAUCCCCGUAGACCAGACCCAAGCCCCUGUAAAUAUUGGGGUUGAAAGGAAUUCGGGGGGUGCUAAGGCGAAUAACUUCUACAAGACCUUGCUCUUCCCAAAGGUUGCCCUUGAAAGGCUCUAUGCGACUAUUGACGCCAUUCGUCGCUGGCGUCUGGCCAAGAGUGAAGUGCGUUGGAAUCAAAAAGUCUGUUUUAGUACGAGACCGGACCUUUUCACGGUAGUGCUUGUCCCCAAUUUUGAUUGGAACUCAGGACAGAAGCAGAAGGAUGAGAAGUCCAGUCACCGAAGCUAUCCAGGACCCAAAGGAGAGGAGAAGAGAACGAGGGCACUAGAAGGAGAAGGUUCCGAAGGGGCUACGCAGAGAGCAAAAUGGGUACAAUCGGAGCAAAGCGGGCCGGGAGGGUCUAUGUUAGUUAAUAGAGCUAAACUUCGGGAUGACGGGAGAUCUUGGACUAACAGAAGUCGCGGGAGGAUCACUUUUCUUACUUACUUUACUAAGAAUCCGGGAUUGGAAGAUGGUCAACCAAAAG